ACGGUUCAGAAGGAGAUGAACCCGAAGGGGUUUUAUUUGCCACGGCGGGUAAUUGCACCCCUGACGACUUCCCUUCACCCGACGACUCUCGCCGCUCACAGCUCGCCGCUUGUCUGGAUCUCUCUCUCUCUCCGAACUGUUUACGAUUUCCCUUCACACCACUCUACUUGCAACCUAGAAGCCCAUACUACAGAGGUGUUCAGGAUACUACCUAUUGAUUGAAUAAAUUUCUUGCAAGGGCCAUGGCCAAGGAAGAUCUUCUGCGUGAUUGCCUGAUUGAAGAUGUUCGCUGGCUUUGUUCCCUAUCUGAAUCCGAGAUUGACUUGUUGAUUAGCUUAAAAGAGAUGGUGGUUCGACGGGCGAAAAUAAUUGGUCAUGAUUCUCUAGCAAAGAAAUUUGAUUUGAAGAUGCUUCGAGCACUUGGUUUCAUUCUGAUGGAGCAUCUAAAAGGACAACUUAAGGACGUCUCAGUCAUUCCAGGCUUGGCUGAAUCUUCCAGUUUUUUAGAUGGAUGCAAUUUCCUAAAUUCUAAACUCAGUGACACUUUCAGCACUAUGGACAUUGAAGAGUUGAGGGCUUAUGUUGGCACAGAUCAAAGAAAGAGACUAGCAGAAAUAUUUGGCGAGGAUGGAGCUCAUGAUCAGAAGAAGAAAUCUUAUGUUUAAAGAUCAUUAUGAGGUCUGCAUCUCUUUGGGCUUAUAUUUGCACUUAGGCGGAGCUGCUACUGUCUUCAAUUUUUUUUUGGAGAGAUGGUCUGUUGCCGCAUUCUGAUGAUUUUUAUUUUCAUGCCUUCUCUAUUUAUUUCCAUCUCUGCUAUUGCCUCAAAAAAUUUUGUACAUUUUCAUAAAAAUGAAAUGGACUCUUCAUCGUUAA